CCUUGUGCUGGUACUAACCUUAGAAAUAAGUGAGAAGAUGGAUGGAUAGGACUCCAUAUCUGCAAUUGGCAAUGUGAAAGCAGACGUUACAACAGAACCUGAGAAAGGAAGCAGCCCUCUGUAAGUAAAACAGAAUGCCCUUUGGAUGAGAGUUCCACCCAGAAACCAGAAACGGAGAAGAUAUUUUGCAGUGCUGAAUUCAAGAACAGCUUUGGACUUCCAGAUAAGGAAAAUGGAGAACUAGACUUCUCAAAAAGAGCAGAGAUUAUGAUACUGGUGGCAAGCUCGGUCCAGCAGAACUUAUCCAGAUAAAGGAGAGGAUGAGAGAUUGUCCACUUGUGCUCUGGACAGCUGCUCCUCAUGACGAGACAGCAGGAUAGCAGUCAUCCUGUAAAUCUGAGCACCAGGCGACAGGAAGCUAUCAAGCUCUCAACCACGGCAGAGCCUUUAAGGACACUGGGUUCAACUAACCCAUUUUCUAACCACCUUUGGAUUUAUAAUUAUUUUAUAGUUAAAAGAGGUCUUCCAAACAACAAGUUUGAAAAAAAAUCUGAAAUGUUGAAAGGGAAGCGGGUGAUCGUUACUGGGGCAAGCACUGGAAUUGGAGAGCAGAUAGCAUAUCACCUAGCACGGAUGGGCUCCCAUCUCCUGAUUACUGCACGGACAGAAGCCCAGCUCCAGCAAGUGGUUGCUCAGUGUUUAGAGUUGGGUGCAGCAUCUGCCAGGUACAUUAAUGGCAGUAUGGAAGAUAUGAAAUUUGCUCAGGCUGUGGUGAAGAAAGCAGAGGAAUUAUGGGGAAGUCUAGAUAUGCUUAUUCUGAAUCAUAUUGGCAAGUCCUACUUCAAUUAUUUCGACUGGGACAUCAGACAUGUGCAAAAACUUAUGGACAUCAAUUUCCUAAGCUAUGUAACAAUGACAAUUUCAGCUCUUCCCAUGCUUAAGAACAGUGGAGGAAGCAUAGUAGUUGUUUCAUCCAUGGCAGGCAAAAUUGGCUUCCCAUUCACUGUUACUUAUUCUGCAACAAAGUUUGCACUACAUGGAUUUUUCAGCUCUUUGAGGCAGGAAUUUGUCAUGCAGAACACCAAUGUUUCCAUCACACUCUGCAUCCUUGGACUCAUCAACACAGAAAGUGCCAUGAAAGCGGUAUCUGGUAGAUUCACAUCUCCACCUGCACCAAAAGAAGAAUGUGCACUAGAAAUCAUUAAAGGGGGUGCCCUGCGUCAGCGGGAGGUUUAUUAUAGAUAUAUGGAUACAAAGAUCUUUACAGUUUUGCGAGACUGGGCUCCAGAGUUCAUUGAUUAUUUGAUUCGGAAAAAUUAUAACAUGGACAAUCUAAAACAAGAUUAACUCCAGUCCGUCCAUUUGCUGCUUCUGCAUUUUUCUUUUCUGUUCAUGUAAGUCAAUGUUUUCAAACGUGGCAGCUUUAAGAUGUGUGGGAGUUGAAACCCACACAUCUUAAAUUUGCCAAAUUUGAAAAACACUAAUGUAAGUGAUGCCUCAGACAGCAUUCUUUCCUCUCUCUUAAAUCAUGUUAAUUGAUAGCAUCCUACCACCCCAAGAUUCACUAUACUGUUAUAUACAGUCGCAAACGUCUGUAUCUUGGGGUUUCAGAUUGUCGGUUAAUAUAUUAUCAACAUUCUGGAACAGGACAAACUGGGUAAAAGGGUAUAUGCUGUACUAGAAAAACUCAGGUUAAUGAUAAACGUUAUGUAUGCUCUUAAACUGCAUCCAGAUAGUUGUUUCUCCUACCCACCAUUCAAUUAUUUAGAUCAAAACAAGACAUAAAGAGGAAAUUAGAGAGAAAAAUGUUGUAACACAAUGCUGAGUUUUAUAAUUUUGAAUCUAUUCCUUAUAUAGAUUUCUCUCAUCUGUGACAUAGAGAGGAAGUCCACCAAGUAAGUGCAAGACAGCCUCUGGCUUAACCUGAUCAAAGGCACUUGAUACUUAAACAAAUAUGGAAUUACAGAUUUGGCAUAAAGUACGCUUUAAAAAUUUUCAAAGUUCUAAAAUUAUUAUUUUAAAAAGUUAGUUUAGGAAACAUUUUUAUAGUAAUU